GGCCGAGCCGGCCGCUGUUCCCGUGCGGUCUUUGGCAACAUAAAGAUAUUUGUGCUCUGCCACGGCCUCCUGCAGCUCUGCCAGCUCCUAUACAGUGCCUACUUCAAAAGCACCCUCACCACCAUUGAGAAGCGCUUUGGGCUCUCCAGUUCUUCCUCAGGCCUCAUUUCCAGCUUGAACGAGAUCAGCAAUGCCAUCCUCAUCAUCUUUGUUAGCUACUUUGGCAGCCGGGUAAACCGACCGAGACUGAUUGGCAUUGGGGGUCUCCUGCUGGCUGCAGGUGCCUUCGUCCUCACCCUGCCACACUUCCUCUCAGAGCCCUACCAGUACACCUCAGCCAGCAUUGGGAACCUCAGCCGUGUCCAAGCAGAGCUUUGCCAGAGGCGUUGGCAUAACCUACCCCCUAGUAAGUGCUCAAACGCUGUGCAGGAUGUGCGGAAGGAGACCGGCAGUAUGUGGGGCCUGAUGGUGAUUGCGCAGCUGCUGGCCGGCAUCGGGACUGUGCCCAUUCAGCCGUUUGGGAUCUCCUAUGUGGACGACUAUGCAGAACCCAACAACUCACCCCUGUACAUCUCCAUCCUAUUUGCCAUUGCUGUAUUUGGACCGGCUUUUGGGUACUUACUGAGCUCUGUCAUACUGCAGAUCUUUGUGGACUACGGCAGGGUUGACAUAGCUAAAGUUAACAUGAGCCCAGGUGACCCUCGAUGGAUUGGAGCCUGGUGGCUGGGCCUGCUCAUUUCUUCAGCCUGUUUGGUUCUCACCUCUUUCCCUUUUUUCUUCUUUCCUCGAACGAUGCCCAGAGGAGUAGAGAGUUCUCCUGCCACAGAGGAUGGAGCAAGAAAGAUGGAGGAGGUCGGGUCAAGAGGCUCCCUGAUGGAUUUCAUUAAAAGGUUCCCCCGCAUCUUCCUGAGGCUGCUCAUGAAUCCACUCUUUGUGCUGGUGGUCCUGGCCCAGUGCACCUUCUCCUCUGUCAUCGCUGGCCUCUCCACAUUCCUCAACAAGUUUCUAGAGAAGCAGUAUGGCACCUCUGCAGCCUAUGCCAACUUUCUCAUCGGUGCUAUCAAUCUCCCUGCUGCAGCAUUAGGGAUGCUGUUUGGAGGAAUCCUCAUGAAGCGUUUUGUUUUCCCCCUGCAAACCAUGCCCCGUGUGGCUGCCACCAUCAUCACCAUCUCUAUGAUCCUCUGUGUCCCUCUGUUCUUCAUGGGAUGCUCCACCCCGGCUGUGGCCGAGGUCUACUCUCCCAGCACAUCAAGUUCUAUACAUCCGCAGCCUCCUGCCUGCCGCAAGGACUGCUCGUGUCCAGAUUCCAUCUUCCACCCUGUCUGCGGAGACAAUGGAGUCGAGUACCUUUCUCCUUGCCAUGCCGGCUGCAGCAGCAUCGACAAGAGCUCUGCAGACUCCAAGAAAUUGAUCUAUUUGAACUGCAGCUGCGUGACCGGGGGAUCUACUUCAGCGAAGACCGGAUCAUGCCCCAUCCCCUGUGCGCACUUCCUGCUCCCGACCAUCUUCCUCAUCUCCUUCGCAGCCCUCAUAGCCUGCAUCUCCCACAACCCCCUCUACAUGAUGGUUCUGCGUGUGGUGAACCACGAGGAAAAGUCCUUUGCCAUUGGGGUACAGUUCUUGCUGAUGCGCUUGCUGGCCUGGCUGCCAUCUCCAGCACUCUACGGCCUCACCAUUGACUACUCCUGCAUCCGGUGGAACUCGCAGUGCUCAGGGAGGCAAGGAGCCUGUGUCUACUAUGAUAAUGAUGCUCUCCGAGACAGGUACCUGGGCCUGCAGAUGGGCUACAAGGCACUGGGCAUACUGCUGCUUGUCUUCAUCAGUUGGAAGGUGAAGAAGAACAGAGAAUACAAUGUGCAAGAGAAGGCUAUGGACCUCAUCUGACCCUUACCUAGGCUAUCACCUUGCUCCAAAGUGGACCGUGCCUCCUCCUCACUUGCCUGUAUCCACUAAUGUUAACAUGUCUCUUUUUGUUUU